UCGCAUCUUGGUGUGACGUUCAGAUUCUGAGACAGGAGAUGUAUUAUUUAUGAAUGGUUCUACAAUCUAUAUCCACAAUUAACAAUGAUACUGAAAGAAUGGCUAAAUAUAAAAGAUGUAAACAAUGUAAGGUCUUCCACGAAAGAAAGGAACAAUGUUGUCGUGACAAUAGUGUUACUAUAAGAGAUAUAGGAAAGUCUUUGGGCGAUGAUGAUACUUAUAAAGAUGUAAAUGAACCCUUGGGUCGUGAUAUUGUUUUAGAAUCCUCAGGCCGUGAUAUUCCAGUGGAAGAUUUAAAUGAACCUUUAGGCUGUGAAAUUUCUCAAGAAACUGCAGGCGGUUAUAUUCAUCUAGAAGAUUUAAAUGAACCACUAAACCCUGAUAUUCCUGGAGAAGAUGCAAAUAAAUCCUCAGAUCGUGAUAGAUCUGUAGAAGGCCCUGAUAUUUCUGUAGAAGAUAAUGAACCCACAGGCUGUGAUAUUUCUGUAGAAGAUAAUGAACCCACAGGCUGUGAUAUUUCUGUAGAAGAUAAUGAACCCACAGGCUGUGAUAUUUCUGUAGAAGAUAAUGAACCCACAGGCUGUGAUAUUUCUGUAGAAGCUAAUGAACCCACAGGCUGUGAUAUUUCUGGUCGUUAUCAUAGUCUUUUUGGAAAGGAUAAAGUGAAGCAAAUAUCCACCCCCGAUGAUCCAGAACAUGAACUUCUAAACACAAUUUGCGAUGAAUGUUCAUUUAGUUUUGCUAAUAAGGCGAGUUUAAAGAGACACAUAAAGCGGGCCCAUUCAAAGAUACCUAGAGAAAGAUUUGAAUGUCCUACAUGCAGGAUGAAAGUAUAUGAGGACAGUUUGAGGAGACAUUUGUUGAAAUGCGCAGUAAAAACUAAUAAAGAUAGAGAGAGAACUGAGAAUUCGAAGAUUAAAGAAGUACACCAGGCAUUUAUCUUUAAACUGAUAACUAAAGAGAAAGUGAUUCAGAGGAGAUUGAUAUGGUAUAUAAUGUGUCUCUGCCUUGUGCCACAGUGCUGCAAUUGGAGGUGGCUAAACCCCCAUCACCCGUCCAUACAGAAAUAGCUCAUUUACAGGAUGAAAUUCCAAUCACCGAAGUGCCAGAAAGUCUUAAUGUGGAUUUAGUGACACAGCUGUCAACAGACACAAUGAAUCUGUUAAGAGUUGAGG